ACAAACAGAAACCUGAGAAUCUAAUAUAUUCCCUAAGCUCAUAUAUGGUUAUCCUGGUCUACAAGAUUCAUUUCCCUCCGAACAGAAACUUACCCUUAUCUUGAAACAAAGAAAUGUUUUAUCCACUCACUGUAGUAGUAGCAGUAGAGCUCUGAACAAACAUGGCAGCUUUGAGUUUCCAAUUCCAAACCACGAGUUACAAGAGAAAAUUUCACAAGUUCAAAAUUAGGUCUUCGAUAUCUUCUUCUGCGCAGACCUCACAAAACAAUAUCAAGGUGGUGAUCAAUGGUGCAACUAAAGAAAUUGGCAGAGCUGCAGUUCUUGCAGUAACUAAAGCUAGAGGAAUGGAAGUUGCUGGCGCAGUUGAUUCUCACUUGGUAGGAGAAGACAUUGGAAAGGUUUGUGGUAUGGAAGAAGCUUUGGAAAUACCCAUAAUAAAUGAUAUCACUAUGGUCUUGGGUUCAAUAUCUCAAUCAAAAGCAACUGGUGUUGUCAUUGAUUUUACAGAUCCUUCAACUGUUUAUGACAAUGUGAAACAGGCAACAGCUUUUGGUAUGAAGAGUGUAGUCUAUGUUCCCAGGAUUAAGUUAGAUACGGUAACUGCGCUAUCUGCAUUAUGUGAGAAGGCCAGCAUGGGUUGUCUGAUUGCACCAACACUGUCAAUUGGAUCAAUACUUCUCCAGCAAGCAGCAAUCCAAGCAUCUUUCCACUAUAACAACGUAGAGAUUGUGGAAUCAAGAUCAAAUGCAGCAGAACUUCCAUCAACGGAUGCAACCCAAAUUGCCAACAACCUCUCGAAUCUCGGUCAGAUAUACAACAGAGAAGAUCAUUCAACAAAAGUAUUGGCACGAGGUCAACUUUUAGGGGAGGACGGAAUUCGUGUGCACAGUAUGGUUAUGCCAGGGCUUCCAGCCAGUACUAAAGUUUACUUCUCUGGACCAGGGGAGGUAUACAGCUUAGAACACAAUAUUACGGAUGUGCAGUGUCUAAUGCCAGGUUUAAUCCUUGCAAUUAGGAAGGUUGUGCGCCUUAAGAAUCUUAUCUAUGGCUUGGAGAAAUUUUUGUAGAGUACAUUAAGGAGACGGCAAGGAGAAGACAUUCUCGCCAGUGUUGCAACUUACCUUCUUAGCAAAGUGCAGUCCCCUAAUUGAAAACAACUUUUUAUUUUUUAACCGAUGUAAGUAAAGCAUAAUGAUGACAACUAGCAAACUCGUCCCUGAUGUUUCUCUUUAUCUUUUUCUAUAAUUUGAGGAAUUUGCUGCUAAUCAUAUUCAUGUAAAUCAUAAAUAUAUGAAUAAGAUUUCCUCAAAAA